AGCCGCGCUCAUUCUUAGGCAAGACAGCGCGCAGUACGGUUGUACGUGUCGAGAAAGUAUUCCGCUAUCACAAGCGAUCGUUCACGAAGUAAGCAGUGCUAUUGCUUAAAAAGAGUAUACCUCUUUAGUGGCUUGGUGAAAGAGACACGAGUGUGGUCGAAGAAAGAAUCAUGGCUGACAGUGGUAUCAAACGUAAUAUUCCCAUCAAGCUUGGUGACUUCAGCGUGAUCGACACUGAGUUUUCCAACAUACGGGAACGCUUCGACGCCGAGAUGAGAAAGAUGGAGGACGAGAUGUCACGGUUCCGUAGCGAGUUGAUGAACCGCGAAAGCAACAACUUCUUUAAGAGCACCACCAGUCGGCAUCAAUCGAGCAGCACCGAACACAGUACGUCGACGACCUCGAAGACCGCAGGUUGGGACAAGGUUAACUCUGCAGCACCGCCAAAGCGGUCCGCAUUCGACAGCUUCAAAAGCACCACCACGCAGAGCACCCAGAACAGCAGUUCUCUGAGCCCGCAGCACGAUUCCGCCUGGCUGGAUGGCCUCAACAGCCCCCUCAUUCAAGAUGAAGGCGACAACAAGAUGCUGAAGCUUCGAUUCGACGUCUCCCAGUACACACCGGAAGAGAUCGUCGUCAAAACUGUGGACAACAAGCUGCUGGUCCACGCGAAGCACGAGGAAAAAACGGAGAGCAAAUCGGUGUACAGGGAGUACAAUCGUGAGUUCUUGUUGCCGAAAGGAACCAACCCAGAGACCAUCAAGUCCUCGCUGAGCAAGGACGGCGUGCUGACCGUCGAGGCUCCACUUCCGGCGAUCGGCCAGGGCGAGAAACUCAUCCCGAUCGCGCACCAGUAAAAGAAAAAAAAAAGAAGCACAAUUUACCUGGACGUACGCACGAUACCAAUCCUCGAUAUCUUCCCUGAAAUUCCAUUAUUCGUGCGUCCGUCGGAUCGCUCCUUCCUGUCCCUGACGUCGAUUCCCGUAAGUUCACCUUUUUUUUUUCUUCUCUUUUCCUUCAACGAUUUUCUUGUUCUCUUCCAAAUCUUUUCACUCGUGGUAUCCGAUUUUUAUCAACGUCCCUUCCGCGAAAACUCAUCCUCCCCGAGUCCUUUGCCAGAUGAGAACGAUUUUGGAGACCGUCGACGCUCGCGAAAUUAACUCCAACAGACACCCUCGCGAGUAAUUAACGCUAGAUUCGCGUAUUCCCGGUCAGAUUCCGUAUUUAACGCGACAGAACUCGCGAAUAGCUAUUUACGUGGAACAUCAAUGCCCGUGAAUCUAGCGUCCGUUAUCGCGAAUCGAAAGGAUUCGCUGGCCAUUUUGUAUUCGUCUCGAAAGGUGAAAGAUCGCGUCGGUCGGUUUCCUUCCGGCGAAAUGUUUAAGCUGGAGGGGGAGUUGAUUUCGAUUGGCGUCGCGCCAAAGCGUCACGAAGGAUAAUCAAAUUUCAAACGAAUCGUUUGUUCGAUGGACGGAAAACAAAAAUAAAGUAUAGGAGUCCGUAGGACGUCGCGGUAAACGGUGUUCGACAACCACGCGACAAAACGCCUAAUUUUGUAUAAAACUUUAAACGUAUAGGUGUGUGUUUGAUAUACGCAGUGUUUCUUUUUUUUCUCGAUCAGCUUUGUCGCUUCGACGGUUCUUCGAAGUACACGUGUUUUCAUGGUUGUCGUUAAUCGAUCGAAUCUCGACCAGCAGCGAAUCAAAAUGCGGAAUCGGUUUGAAAGACCGCCCUGUUACGAUCUACAGUCGACGGAAAAUAGAUAAAUAAUUGUGAUCGUUAAGGUCUUGAACGGCGCCUGUACGUCGUGCGAGUAGUUGAAAAACAGAUGUUUGAUAAAUUAUUUUUCCUUUUGGUACGACCAGCUUUUACGACGCUUUGAUACUUCCUUUUUAGAAGUAACACAAAUAUUUUUUCAGAAACACGCAUUGCCUUUGAAAGUGUAUCUUUAAAUAUCGUUUCGUGAGAAGCACAAAGAGAAGAAAAUGAAAAAAAAAAAUAAAUAAAUAAAUAAAUAAUAACAGACA